AUGGCCGCAUUGCACGUCCGGUAUCACAUCUGGACGCCGAAACGAGACCUAUUGCUACUCCGUAUGCGCGAAGGUCCCGGCGACUACACAUGGCAGGAGACGAGUGAUAAUCUAGGACCGAACUUCCGCAAGUCCGGCGCCAAGCACCGCUAUAUACGUUUGCAAAAGGGCAUUGUGGGCACUGACCCCUGGGACGAACGAAAGGAACGAGAGCUUCUCAGGCUACUAGCAGCCGGUUAUGACGAAAACACUAUACACAAUAAGAUGCGUUUGAACUUCCAUUUGAUCAGACGGCGCAUUGCCGCCAUCAAGGAAAAUGAAGAGCAAGCUGCUCUCCAGGUGAAGCAGCGACGAUUCCUAGACAAACCGCUUCGGUGGGGCGGCAGAGAGGACGAAGUCUUGCUGCGCCUUCACCUGGCUCUCAUGGAACCUACAGAUAUUCAGCUCUUAGGCUUAUUUGGCAAUCCUGCCCUCGACGUCGUCCGCGAACGUAUCGCUCUACAUAGCGAGCUUCCAACAAGAUCGGAACUUUACCACGGGCUUCUGGAAAUCUACAAUCGCCGUAGCGAAAAUAGCCGUGGCAGUUAUCAACGUGUCACCAGAUGGACGAUUGAAGAUGUCCUGAACGGGCAUUUCGAGUUUUUGACUCCCCUUCCCACAGCUGAAGAGCAAGCAGCCGAUGAGAGCAGAAGAAGAUGUCUGUAUGAGAAGCCGCAAGAAUGGACUAUUCAGGAGGAUGAAGUUUUGCUCCGCUUCUUCCUUGCUAAAAUGGAACCAUCAACCAUGGAUAGGAUGGGACUUUUCGGGAAACCUGGCCAAACUUUCAUUCGUGACCGUAUUGCGCGUCACUAUAUUGCUCCAACACCACUAUGCGCCACUCUUCAUCAUGAGUAUAAUGAUCCCGCUACUAAAUGGACAAGUCAGGAUGUUCUGCAUCUAAACUUUGACUUCAAGACUGAGUCAACAACGCCGAAUGAUCAAGACAAUGAAUCUUCAGCCGAGACAACGCUAAUGGACGACUCGCGGCUCCGUACGUGA